AUGGUUCAACGAGCAACAGCAACGUGCUUCUGCGGCGCCGUGCAGCUUGAAUUUCCCGCAGAAGGAGAAGACAUGGUGGAUUCUUUUAUAUGCAAUUGCACAGAUUGUCGGAAGAUCACAGCAUCGAUGUUCGCGUCGAACUUCAUUGUCAAGGACAGCUCGAUGAAACAUGUCCGCGGCGAAGAGAAGCUCACGCAAUAUGCGCAAAAUAAGACGAUCGAAAGCGGCAACACCAUGACCAACUUCUUCUGCAGCGUCUGCGGAACGCUCAUGUACCGUCGCUCUUCCGGCUUCCCUGGAAUGUCCAUUACUCGCAUAGGCACCGUUGAUGACUUCAGCCUGCACGAAACAUUACUUAAGCCAAGAAUAGAGCAAUUUACAAAGGAUCGCGUGAGUUGGUUCCAUGGUGGAGACGGUGUCGAGCAAGUCGAAGGCAACUACUACGCCGGCGGCAAGUAG